AUUGAAUCACUCGCCAUUACUGAAGGUUUCAAUUUCCAGGACAGUACUGUCUAUCGCGCAUAUUCUGACUUCUGACUCUUCGUCCACAUACCCAACGUUGCAGAUACUCAGUCUUUCAUACCGCGAAAGGAUCUGUUACGACUGUGAACGACCCGCAGAUAGCCACAUAUAUCCCUCCCUCAUGCUAGAGCCACCUCAGGCUGAAGGAGUGACGAGCGCACAGGAUGACUUGCACGAAGCGUUGGACAACAUACACAUAGGUGAGGGUAUCUCAGCCGUACAGCCUGCCAACCCAGAACCCAACCCCUGGUACGACCCUGCGUCCGAGGCCCAACAUGACGCCGGCAAGCACGAGCGUACGCUGCACACGCCCGAUCCCUCAUCCCUGGACCCAACGGCCACGCAGAGCUUCGUCUCAAGAGACAUCGCAGCAUCGCAGCCGCACGCGAGCGAAGAUAUCCUUUCAGAGUUCGACCCUCUGGCCAGCUCGGAGGAGAAGGCUGCGCGCGAGGCAUGGGCUAGCUCUGAGGCCCACCCUCCACCUCCACAACUCCCACCGAAGGACGCGACGUCGCUUGCUGCAGUUGGCUCAGAACAAGCCGCUGAGGGCGCCUCGUCUGACUCUCAAGACCCCUCAACAUCGGACGCACCGUCCGCAGCCGCAGCCGCCUUCCCUACGCUCGCCGCUUUCGCGCGCACCUUCUCCAUCCCACUCGGACGCAGCCAGCGCCCACAGUCUCUCGACACCGCCACCGCCGUUCCCUCUCCAGCGACACUCUCGUCCUUCGCCCAACAGCAAUCAACACCGCUAACACGCACAUUUAUGGUCGACCCGGAGAACUCUAGUGCUGCAGAGGUUUCGGGAGGCAGCGGCCGGAGCACGCCAGGAGUCCGCGAUCCCGAGCGGGACAGAGGGAAGGCAGCCGAGAGGGCCAGCCCACCGUUUGACUUCCAAAAGUUUCUGGACCAGAUGAAGCUGAAGGGCGCGGAGCCAGUGGCGAAGUACUUGCGGUCCUUCCUGAGCAACUUUGCGAAGAGGACGUUCACGGUGACUGAUCAAGUGAAACUGAUCAACGACUUCCUGAGUUUCAUCGCGGAACGUAUGCGAGACACGGACGUAUGGAAGAACGCUACGGACGCAGAGUUUGAUAACGCGAUGGAAGGCAUGGAGAAGCUUGUCAUGAAUCGACUCUACGACUUCACCUUCACGCCUGCGGUAGUCCGGAUGACUCCACCACGGCCAGUGACCGUGGACGAUCUCGAGCGCGACCGCGUACUGUCACAACGAAUAGCGUUGUUCAAAUGGAUCGAACCCAAUCAUCUAGACGUCCCUGAGGGCGAGGGCAGCGAAGGAUUCUUGAUGUUCGCCCAGCAAGAACUGCUCAAAGUCAAUCACUACAAAGCGCCCCGGGACAAACUCAUCUGUAUAUUGAACUGCUGCAAGGUCAUCUUCGGUUUGCUCAGACACCUUCACAAGGAAGAGGGCGCAGAUACUUUCGUGCCUCUAUUAAUCUAUGUCGUUCUGAAGGCGAACCCGCCUAAUCUCAUGUCUAAUGUGGAGUUCAUCAAUCGCUUCCGGAAUCCUGCGAAGCUGCAAAGUGAAGCAGGGUAUUACCUCUCUAGUCUCAUGGGUGCAGUUUCAUUCAUCGAAACAAUGGAUCAUACAUCGUUAUCCAACAUCACACAGGAGGAGUUUGAGAGGAACGUCGAAAUGUCUAUCCAGUCACUACCAGCCAGCGGAACCGCGACACCCGAGUCAUCUACUCCAUCAUCUGGCAUCUCAAGAGCCUCGACACCAACCCGACCAUCCCCUCACUUGGGCGAGGAAUCCGCGCAGCCCCUCGCGCUCCCUACGCCUGCGCAGGCAUUGAGCGAAGAUGCGCGACGUCUACUGCAGAAGACCGGAGACACGCUCUCUAAGCCGCUGAACGCCAUCAGCCGCAUCUUCAACGAAGUACUCGACAACGCCGAGGAGUCCUUCUCGUCCCUCCCUGCCUUCAACCCCGACUCGACACGUGACCAGAGGCAGUAUCAGCACCAGGAGCAAGACCAGCAACCUGGGUUCGGGGUCCCGCAGACGCCCUUCGGCGCAGGGGACGAUGGUCAGCAAGUCGGCGGGUAUUCGACGCCCUUGCAAACGCCCUACAAGCAGCGCGUACGAAGAGUGCCAUCUCCGCUCUCGACAGGCCAGUCUCCCGGAUCAUACUCGCUGGGUUCGCCCUCAGGUAUCGACACACCAACACGACCGCGCGGGUCAGCCCCGAUGUCGCCGCAGAUGGCACCUCCGCGGAGCGCCUCCGCCAUCCACUCGCGGCCGGGUUCGGCGGACCUGCGACCACAGUCAUCGCACGUCUCGCGGACACCCACGCCGAGCUUGGACCUGGCUGGCUUGCAGGACGAGAUCGACGCCGCGCACGAGCGCGCGGCCGUCGCAGCGCGGGAGACGCUGAAGCAGAUCUUCCCGGCGACGGAUCCAGAGAUCAUGGACUGGGUUCUGGAGGCGAACGAAGGGGACCUUGGGAAGAGCAUCGAGGCGCUUCUAGAGAUGAACAGUGGGAGUUGAACACGUUGAGUGCGCAACGGGCUUAAGUAUGUACCAGUAACCAUUCUGCAAUCGAUAUUCUUGACACAUGCAUCCCUAAUCGAAAAUAUCUGAUGAACUGGCUAGUCCAAGUAAUAUUUCAUGCAUGACUUCUACCAGUUGCUCCAGUCA